AGAGCAUCCAAAUCGAUGGAUAAGAGGGGGCGUUUACGUUCGAGGAUAGAGUUGACCUGCAGGCGUCCGCCAAUUGCGAGUGAUAAAAGCUUGAGACGGCGAGGAAUUUCCGUCUUCGUUCAGUUUCGGAAUUCACUCGCUCGACGAUGGCCGAAUCGAUCCACUCCCACGAUGCCUCCUCCGUACCUCAACAAAGAUUUGUAAUUACAAACAACUAUGGUGAGAAGCUUGUCGCCGUGCUACAUGAAACUGGAUCGAAGAAGCUUGUUAUACUGUGCCAUGGUUUUAGAGCUACAAAGGAUGUUGAAAUAAUACUUAACCUUAGUGAUGCAAUAACAAGUAAAGAUAUCAGUGUGGUUCGCUUUGAUUUUUCAGGAAAUGGUGACAGUGAGGGUACCUUUGAGUAUGGCAACUACUGGAAAGAAGUUGAAGAUUUACAUUCUGUACUCCUCUACUUUUCUGAGAAAGAUUAUGAAACAAGUGCUGUUGUUGGUCAUAGUAAAGGGGGAGAUGUGGUGCUCUUAUAUGCAUCUAAGUAUGCAGAUGCUCAUACAGUCAUAAAUCUUUCUGGCCGCUUUGACUUAAAAAGAGGAAUUGAAAAUGUCUUGGGCGAAGAUUAUCUUCAAAGAAUUAAAAUUGAUGGUUUCAUUGAUGUUAUGGACAAAAAUGGUAAAUUUGCAUUCAGAGUAACUGAACAAAGUCUAAUGGACAGACUAAAUAUUGAUAUGCAUGCAGCGUGCCUCUCAAUUGAUAAGAAGUGCAGGAUCUUCACAGUUCAUGGUUCAGCUGAUGAAAUCAUUCCUGUAGAAGAUGCCUAUGAAAUUGCAAAGCUGAUACCCAACCACAAGCUGCACAUCAUUGAAGGUGCUGACCAUUGUUACACCAAACAUCAAGAAGAUCUGGCUAAAGUUGUAGUGAAUUUCCUAGCUUCUGUUCAGGUACUUCAUUCACACUUUGACAUACUUGAUUCAUAUGUGAUCAUGUCUGAAAACUACAAAGAUGACGCACUGAGCAUGGUGGCUUGAUGGUUGACUAGUAGAUGACUCCUUCAUUGAAAAGCUUCCUUUCAAUCCUGUGCACACGAAGACAAGCCAACAAAACGUUAGCGCCUAGAAACCAAGGGGAGUCCUUGGCGAAGUCCUUCAGAUGCCCAAGUCAGUACUAGUCCAGACGAGUGAAUGAAAAAUAGUAGAGAACGUGCGUGAAAGUAUGUUGCAGAGGUCUAGAGAACGUACCUUUGCCCCGGAGAGGACUCCCCCUUUAUAUAUCACCUCACAUAACCUAUGCAAUCAUGAGGUGGCGCAGUAUGUCAGAGUUUGUUAGGUAAAGGAAAAUAUACAUCCUAGAUAAUGUGUAAUAAUCAUUGGAGGAAUCUUUUCUUUACCUAUAUGUAUACUUCUUUUAUCAUUUAUAGCUUCUGUUAUUGUUGGGGUUUCUGAAGGAAUAUGUUGUUAUAAAUGGUCAGUGGAGACACGAUGGUCCCUGAAAAAGUUUCCAGAAGAAUAUUCUUUGAUAUAUAUUUGUUAUUCUGACAUGUUGUUAGGAUUCUCUGAUUAUGCUGUCGACUGAGUAUGUCCAGGCCGACCAUCUUUAUGCAUGUCCUUGCAUUAAGAUGCCUUGUUAUGUAUGGAAAGCUAU